AAUGGCGGAGAUCGCUGAGGCGGACGCAGCUCAGUUGCACGAAGAGGUCGUCGAAAGUAAACACCGACACAUCUCUAUACAAACUAAACUUGAGGGUCUUGAGAUGCUGAUCGACCUCAAUGGUGCCGGGCGUAAGUCUUGUCCUCUGUGUCCCGAAGAGAAGUUCAAAGCAUGUUAUAGCCGCAAGCUCCGCAGACAUCUCCAAAACCUCCACUGGAAGGUGUAUGUGGAGUUUGACGGUCAGAAGAUGUGCAUCUGCCACUUGCCCUGUAGACACCCGAAACCAAGUCAGAGUGGAGAUCAGGUGCUGGGGAGGCAUGUGGCUCACUACCACUGUGUUGUUUGUUCCGUCACCAUUGCCCGCAAGACUGACAUGGUCAGCCAUCUGAAGCGCCAUAUCAACAAGGGAGAAACAAAGUCCAGCUACUCCGGGAGUCAAGACGUUCUAUUUGAAGAGCCUGCGACUUCUGGUCAGGUGUAUGAAAUCAUGAAAGAACUGGAUACAAAUGUACAGCUGUUCCCAAUGUACAACACUCCGCAGAAAAGUGAAACUUACUUCAACCGAAAGAUGAAGAGCAACAGGCAACUUGUGUUCUGCUCGCUGGCUGUUCUGGCUAAAGAGAAGAGCCCUCUGGAGUGUCUAGAUGCUUUUGGAGCCACAGGGAUCACAGGCUUGCAAUGGGCAAAGCAUCUUCGUAAUGCAGUCAAAGUGACCAUAACAGAUAUCAGCGAAAUCUGUGUGAAAAUGAUCAAGAAAAACUGUGAGCUGAACCAAAUACAGGUGGGCCCCCGGGAGACUGAAGAUGUUGCAGGUGAAUUUAAAGGAGUACCCAUAACAACAGUGGAAGUUACGAAGAUGGAUGCCAAUGUCAUGAUGCACCUCCAUCCUUUUGACUACAUUCACUUGGAUCCCUUUGGUACAGCAGUGAAUUUCUUGGACGCCGCCUUCAGAAAUGUCAGAAAUAUGGGCAUUAUUUCUGUGACAUCCACAGACACUGGAUCGCUCUUUGCCAAGUCACCCAAUGUUACACUGCGACACUAUAGUUGUCACAUCGUACGCACAGAGUACUACAAAGAGCUGGCUGCACGGAUGGUUGUUGCUGCAGUUGCCAGAGCAGCUGCCCGCUGUAACAAAGGCAUUGAUGUUCUGCUGGCAGUGGCAUUGGAGCAUUUUGUCUUAGUGGUGGUUAGAGUCCUCAGAGGUCCCACACAAGCUGAUGAGUCUGCAAAGAAGAUAAGAAAGUUAGUUCAUUGUCAGUGGUGUGAGGAAAGAGUCUUCCUCAAACAAGGCAAUAUGGUUGAUGAUACAUUGCCCUGUAACUGUCAUGGAAGUCUUCCUGGAAAAACUGCAGUGCAGCUGGGACCAUUAUGGUCUGGCCCACUGUUUAACACUGGCUUUCUGAGGAAGAUGCUCUUGGCAGCAGUACAGCACAGUAUGGCCGAUAUCCAACCGUUGGUCAAAACUCUGAUUUGUGAAUCUGACUGUACCACUCUGAAGCCUGUAAUCCAUGGAGCAUCAGCAUUUACCAACCAGGAAUGUGGCGUCAUCAUUAAGACGUCUCAGAGUGAAGAAGAUUCAGGUCCUGCUGAUCAGUCUGGAAAGAGAAAGACUGUUGAGGAGUCAAGGAACAAUGUAAAGAAGCUGAAGUCUGACUCAUCUCUGGAACAUCCGGCAUUCUACUACAGCAUCCACCGCCACAGCAUGCGAGGGAUGAACAUGCCUAAGUUGAAUAAGUUCCUUCAGUACUUGACCGAAGAUGGGUUCCGGGUGAGUCGCACUCACUUUGACCCAACUGGUGUACGAACAGAUGCCACACUGGAGCAGUUUAAAUCUGUCCUGACCAAAUACAGCAUCCCUCCCAAAAACAUCUCUGCGACUGAGGCCAACACUCCUUCCUCAUGAACCUUUCCAGACUUGCUAGGGUCUGCUCUCUUGGGGUGGGCAGUUGAUCUACAAUAAAGGAAAACAUCUGUCAUCCUUGUGACUCAAUAAUAUGGAAAUGCUUUUCAAUAGGCAGGUGUCAUUCUACUACGUUUUAUUUGCAGUACUAUUGCUUAGUGUACUGAAAACAAGCAACAACUUACCGGAUCUGGUGUAAAACCUUGAAUUCUGCUCUUGCAAUCUGAUUUCUAUCCUGUUUAGCCCUUGCAGGGUAUGAAUGAGCCGACUGGUUAGCACAUCUGCCUCACAGUUCUGAGGACCGGGCUUCGAAACCCGGCCCCGCCUGUGUGGAGUUUGCAUGUUCUCCCCGUGCCUGGGUGGCUUUUCUCCGGGCACUCCGGUUUCCUCCCACAUCCCGAAAAGCAUGCAUUAAUUGGAGGCUUUAAAAUUGCCCGUAGGUGUGAAUGUGAGUGCAAAUGGUUGUUUGUUUCUAUGUGCCCUGCGAUUGGCUGGCGACCGGUUCAGGGUGCACCCCGCCUCCCGGCCGAAGAUGGCUAGGACAGGCUCCAGCACACCCGCGACCCAAGUCAGGAUGAGCGGUAAGGAAAAUGGAGGGAUGGAUGGAGGGGAUGAAUGAAGAUAAGACAAUGUGACACUGAAGCCAAGCAGGACUCAUUAGCAAGCUGGGACUUUUCUUUUUUCUUUCUCUGUUUCGAUGAAGUGCUAACCUUGUUGAUAUGUGAUGAAAUGUGUCAGCUGCUUUCUGAUUGUUUUUACAGAAGACAUUCAAAUACUUUCGUAUGAUAUGAAUGAAGUUGGUUUGCUUCCCUUCUCUUAAUAAAAUAAUCAUAAAAUCGAGGCAAAACAAGGGAU